AUGAACCUCAGAGUCGCUGCGCCGUCGGCGCUCCUCGCCGCCCUCCUGGCGACUCCGCAACUCGUGUCCGCCUUCUACCUGCCAGGCGUCGCGCCGACGUCCUACAAGCAAGGCGAUCGCGUCCCCCUGUAUGUCAACAGCGUCAGGCCCGUGGCCGCGCCCCAAGACAAUCGACUGCACUCGGUCGUGUCGUACGACUAUUACCACCCGGCCUUUCACUUUUGCCAGCCCAAAGGCGGCCCGGAAUAUGUGCCCGAGAGCUUGGGGAGCAUCCUGUCCGGCGACCGGCUCAUGACGUCGCCCUUCGAGCUCAACAUGGCCAAGAACGAGACGUGCAAGCCUCUCUGUAAAGUCAACUACGUCGAGCAGAUGAAGUACUUUGUCUACGAGAGGAUCGAGGAGGCCUACAGCCUCAACUGGCUCGUCGACGGAUUGCCUGCCGGCCAACAGAUCCAGGAUGAUCUGACCGGCACAACCUUCUACAGCCCCGGCUUCCAGCUCGGAGGCUUCACCCUGACGGACGACGAGGAAGAGGAAAUCUCCUUCAACAACCACUACGAGAUAUGGAUCGAGUACCACGAGGUCAACGGCAAGGAAAACGAGCUCCGCGUCGUCGGUGCCGUCGUCCAGCCCAGCUCCAAAAAGUACACGGGCAAGGCCGAUUGCGCCGAAGGCCACCCGCCGCUGAUCGUUGCGGCCAACGAGGCGGACCAAGAAGUCCAGUUCAGCUACAGCGUUUACUGGAGGAAGUCGGAGACUGCCUGGGCCACCAGGUGGGACAAGUACCUUCACGUCUUCGACCCCAAGAUCCACUGGUUCUGGCUCAUCGACACGGCUGUCAUUGUUGUCAUUCUCGUCCUCACCGUCAUGUCGGUCCUGAUCAACCUGGAUGACCUCGGCGGCACGUCAGCCGUCGAGGACGGUGUGCAGGAAGACUCGGGCUGGAAGCUGGUCCACGGCGACGUGUUCCGCAUCCCGUCCCACCCCUUGCUGCUCUCCGUGCUGCUGGGCAAUGGUGCGCAGCUCUUUGUCAUGACGGGUUGCACCAUCAUCUUUGCGCUCCUCGGCUUCCUGUCGCCCUCGAACCGCGGGUCCCUGGGCACAAUCAUGAUCAUCCUCUACACGCUGCUGGGCUUCGUCGGCGGCUAUGCCUCGGCCAGGACGUACAAGGCUAUGCAGGGCGAGCAGUGGAAACUGAACAUUGCCCUGACGCCCCUGCUGGUGCCCGGCAUCGUCUUUGGUGCCUUUUUCCUUCUCGACCUUUUCCUGUGGGCCAAGCAGUCGUCUGGCGCGGUGCCCUUCACCACGAUGCUGGUUAUCGUCGCCAUCUGGUUCAUCAUUUCGAUUCCCCUCUCGUUUGUGGGCUCGUGGCUGGGCUUCCGCGGCCCCCAGAUUGAGGCGCCGGUGCGCACCAACCAGAUUCCGCGCCAGAUCCCGCCCUGCACCACCUACCUCAAGCCGAUCCCCAGCAUGCUCAUUGUCGGUCUACUGCCGUUUGGCGCCAUCUUUGUAGAGCUCUACUUCAUCAUGAGCUCCAUCUGGUUCAGCCGCAUCUAUUACAUGUUUGGCUUCCUCUUCCUCUGCUACGGCUUGAUGAUUGUUGUCUGCGCGGCCGUCACCAUCCUCAUGACUUACUUUUUGCUGUGCGCCGAAAACUACAACUGGCAGUGGAGAUCGUUCCUCGCGGCCGGCAUGAGCGGUGGCUACAUCUUCUUCAACUGCCUCCUGUAUCUCUUGACCAAGGUGAGGCUCGGAGGCCUUGCAGGAAUAGUGCUCUACGUUGGCUACAGCGGGCUCAUCUCCUUUCUCUUCUUCAUACUCGCCGGCUCUAUUGGCUACUUUGCUAGCUGGUGGUUCGUGAGAAAGAUUUACUCCUCCAUCAAGGUUGACUAG